AUGGCCACCAUGAUGUUUGCCUGUCUCUUUGGAAUGGACAUGGACCUCGCUGGCUCCUCUCUGGCUGUCUCAUCUGUGCCCUUGGAUGCAGAGGCCACUCUGGAGCUGCGGCGGGUUGCUGCCUGGCCAAGGGGGGUGUCUGGCAGAGAUUUAGCAUGGAUCCAGCCAUGGAGCAGAAGUACCUACUUUUGCCAUCCGCCAUCGCCAUCGCGCUUCAGAGACCUCUUCUCUUAUCCUGCUAGUCUCUUAUCCUCUUCUUUAUCCCUUUCUCUAUCUUUGCUCUACUUCUUCUCUUCUUUUUCUUAUCUCUUUUUCUUCUUCUUCUGCUUUUCACAUCUUCUGUCUUGUCGACUCAAGACACAAACUCCAGAGAGAAGAAGACAGGAAGAAGACAAGCGAAGGAAAGGGGGUGAGAAGAUACGCUCUGCAUUGACUGAUUUCCUGGCUGAACAGGCACAUAACAUCUCUGCAGCUGAUAUCCGGCAGACAGCUAACCAGAGAGCCAGCCAGGCCCAGCGCCAGAACCAGGCAGUCCGGGCCCAGGAAGAACAGGAAGAAGCCAGACUAGCAGAAGAUGCAGCGCAGGAAGCACUAGCAGACAAUGAAGCUGAAGCCGAGGCAGAAGCAGAGGCCGAAGCUGAAGCUGAAGCAGCAGCCCAGCAGGCCAAAGCCAGGAAACGCAAACGCACUGCAGCCACGGCCGCCGCAGCAGCAACAGCGAAAGCCAAGGCAAUGGCAAAGGCCAAAGCGAGACGUCGAGGACAGGAUGUCUCUGACGACGACGAUGAGGACUACGAGGAGGCGUUUAACCAGGCACGCGUACCCGCGCCGGGCCAGCUGGCCAACUGCGAGCUGUGUGAUAAGCGGUUCACGGUGACCGCGUACAGCAAGACGGGACCCGACGGCGGACUCCUGUGCACCCCUUGCGGCAAGCAGAUGGCCGCUGACGAGAAGAAGGCCAAACCCAAGCCCAAGAGGCAGAAAGCCAGGGCGACGAGACAGAUGAACAGUAACCUGCUGGACGGCAUUGCGCAGCGGGGGGCAUUUAGCUUGCUGGAGAUGUGUAUCAGGCAAGUGGCGAACAAUAUCAACGAUGUGGAGGAGUUUGGGGAUCUGCCUGGGGAACUGCGGUUGCGGCUCAGCCAGAUUCUGAGCAAGCGGCGGGUGCUCACGCCGCGGACCCUGGGACUGUUUCUGCGCAGUGACGUCAACACGAUUGAUAUCUUCGAUGCAGCUAAACUGGAGGAAGAGGACUUCCACAGGGUGUUUGCGACGAUGCCGCUCCUGGAGCGAGUCAACCUGUGCUGUGCAGGACAGCUCAAGGACGGCGUACUGGAGUAUGUGAUGAGCCGCGAGAGCCACAUCAAGCAUCUGAUCCUGGAUGCCACCAAUCUUGUGACCGAGGGCUGCUGGCGGCGGUUCUUCCAGACGUGCGGCUCAAAGCUGGAGACCGUCAAGCUAUCGUACCUGGACUGCGCCUUCAACGACGAGACGGUCGAGGUGAUGGUCUCGAGCUGCCCCAAUCUGCGCCGUCUGAAGCUGACGGACUGCUGGAAAUUGACCUAUGACUGUCUCCAGUCUAUAGCCAAGCUGGACAAGCUGGAGUAUCUAUCUCUGGACAUGCGACAUCGCCAUGAAGACAGCAGCCACCCCGACGACAACGAGGCGAAUGAACGAGACCUGGAGAGCGUCAAUGCACUGUUGAAGGCGAGAUGCAGCGGUCUUCGCACGCUCUCGCUCAGACACUUCAAGCCGAUGCGCAAUUCCAGCCUGGCAAUAAUCCAUGAGACUGCCCGACACCUGAGCAAGCUGCGUCUGUCCCAUAACGAGAACUUUACUGACGCUGCACUGGCAUCUCUCUUCACGGACUGGCCGAACCCGCCGCUGACUUUUAUCGACUUCUCCAGCAACCGCUCCCUCGAGCCUAUAUCUCUGAUGCCCGGUACUGGUAUAGGUGAUAAUUCCGACGACGAGGACGACAAUCCCGGCCUGGGCAGCAAGGGCUUCCGAGCCAUGAUGCUGCACUCCGGCGAGAAGCUCGAGCAUCUGACCAUCUCGUCCUGCCGCCAGGUGGGCUUCGAUGCGCUGGAGGAAGUCUUCGGCGAGGGCCAGACGUACCCUCACCUGCGCGAGAUCGACCUGUCCUUCCACACGCGCAUCGACGACGUGGUGAUGCGCCGGCUGUUCAAGGCCUGUCCGGCCCUGCGCAAGGUGAUGGCCUUUGCAUGCUUCAACAUUGUUGCCGUCCAGCCACCUGCCGGAGUCGCUCUGAUCGGAGGCCUGAAUGCGCACACCAUGUAG